AUGCUCCGGGCCUUCGGGCUGGUCUUGCUGCCUCUGCUGAGCGCCGCAGGUUCGAGUCAAGCCAGCGGCUUUACAGAGAACGGCCUCUCUUUGCUGAGCUUCCAGCUCUGCAACUUCAGCGUGACGCGCCAGGUGCCCAGGGUGGAGGCCGUGCGGACGCCCCACCUCACCUACGCACCCUGCGGUGGCUGGAUCCCCUGGAGGCGCUGCCCCAAGACCGUCUACAGGACCCGGUACCAGGCCGUGGGGGUGCCCGAGUCCAGGCACGUCACCGACUGCUGCGAGGGCUUCGAGCAGCUCGGCCUCUACUGUGUCCUGCCUCUGAAUCGCUCCCUGGAGUUCACCUCGAGACCAGGGGUCUGCCCCAUGGUGGGGAGGGAUGAACCCCCCACAUCCCUCACGACCACCACGUCCCCCACAACCUCCACGUCCCCCAUACCGUGCUUCCUAGACAUGGAUUGUCCAGGGCUUUGGAAGUGCUGCCCCUUUCCAGGGGGGCCUGGCUGUGUGGCCCCCAAGCCUGCAGUUCCGCAGGGGACCCCGGGGACUUUCUGGUUCAACGUGACCAUCCUGGUGAAGAUGGGGUUCCGGGAGCUGCGGUUGGUGGAUCCCCAACUCCUAAGCCACUGGCGGCUUCUACACUCCAUGGUCACCAGUGCCUUGUGGCCCCGGAACUGCUCCGUGCACCCCCUGACCUCGGCCUCGGGGGACCCCUCGACCACGAUGUCCCGGCUCCUGCUGGGUUUGGGUCAGCCCAUGUCCGUGUCCGAUGUCUCUGCUGUGCUGGACGCCGUGGUGAAGCGUGUGUACGAAGUGAUCCGCAUUGGGGUGCAAGAUGUGGAUGAGUGUUUGCACGAGGAGCUACAUGUGUGCGCGGAUGGGGAGCUGUGUGUGAACUCGGAGGGCACCCAUCAUUGCCAGAGUUCCCCAGGCCCACCCCGCCAGGAACCGGAACCCCCCAGGCCAGGGAGCGCCGUGACCCCCCUUGCAGCUCUGCAGUCCCCACUGACUCUGGCAUCGACCCCAGCCAUCGGUGCGAGCACAACACAUGGACACUCCCAGGACACCCCCAUCUCGGGGCCGAGCCCCAGCCAUCCUUGGGAACCCGAAGCAGGCCAGCCUGGGACCCCAGGAGCCCUGCCCGGGAAAGGGGGCGGCAGGAAUGGCACAGAGCAGAGUGUGCAGGGGACAGCGCCCAGCGGGGAGCCGGGUGUGGGCACCAGCCAAGCUGCAGCCUCCUCCAGGGCUCUGGGCCCAGCCCUGGGCUCUGUCUCAGGGGUCACAGGGAGCCCUCGGGGGCCCACACUUUGGCUGUCCCCAAAUGCCACCUUGGAGUCUCCCCUCUGGCCCCCCGUGACCGAGGGCCCCACAGGCUACCAGACGUGGCAUCCCAGCUGGCCCACGUGGGCCCCAAAGCUGCACGACUUGAACCCUGGACCUUCCAGCUCCUCAGACUUGUCCCUGCUCCCCACCCUGCCAUCUCAGGAGCCCCCAGGCUGUGUCCCCAGCAUCCUGGGGACAGUCACCAUCUCCAACGUGACCAGCACCAGCUUCCACAUGGCCUGGGCAGCAGAUCUCGCCCUGCACUCCACUUUCCAGGUCACCCUGACCCCCCCGUGGGGGGACCCCAUGUACCUGGAGACCCAGGACACCAGCAUGACAGUGGCCAGCCUGCAGCCUGGUACCUUGUACCUGGUGGAGAUCAGGACCAGGGCAUGUGGGGCGGAAAGUUCCAGAACGUAUCUGAGAGUGCGGACAGCCGCUCACAUGCUCCAGGGCCGAGUGCGUGUCACGAACGUGGAGUUCACAGAGGCCCUGAGAGACGAAGACAGUGAGGAGUAUCGCGCCUUCCUGCGGCUCUUCCUGAGCACGGUACGCGAGGCCCUGCCAGCCACCGUGCAAGGACACAUGGCUGCGGGCCAGGUUCUACUGCGGGUGACAGGCCUGCUGGCUGGCAGCGUCGUGGUAGACUUCCGGCUGCUGGUCCAGACUGCCCUGGAUGUCCAUGACAUGGCCGCUGCCUUCCUUGCUGCCUUCCACAACCAGACGCUGCUGGAGGUGGCGGGAGAGGACACAUUCAUCGAGGACUACGACGAGUGUGCACAGGGGGACCACGACUGCAGGCCGGGCACCUCCUGCCGCAACACUCUGGGCUCCUUCUUCUGCACCUGCGGGCCCGGCACCCCCCAUGGCCCCGUGGAACAUUCCGGAAGGCCCUGUGAAGGUUCCCCUCCUGUCAACACCACCAGGACCCACGCGACCCCACCGGGCACUGUGGGAGGACCCAGAGCCUCAUCUGUGCCCAGCUUGGCCCCACGGCUGAGCCUCUCGGCGGCCGUGACCCCCCUGUGCGGGAUCCAGAAGGUGGGGGUGGCCAUCCAGCAGCGUUUCCUGCGCCAGGAGUCGGUGCCCACGUCCUCUUUGUACCUCGGGCACCCCUCGUGUGGCGUCAGCCAAAGCAACAGCACCCACGUGCUCCUGGUGGCCGGCUGGACUGAGUGCGGGACGGUGGUGCAGAGCAACCUGACAAGCACGGAGGUGAGGACGACACUGAGAAGCCGGCCGUCCCCGGGGGGCGUUGUCCACCACCUGCGCAUCCUCUGCCCCGUGCACUGCACCUUCCAGAACCAUCUCCUGGUGUCCUCCAGCUACACACCCCAGUGGGGGGAGCUCUCCAUGGCGGGGGACCUGCACGGCCUGGGGCGCUUCGUCACGGAGAUGCAGGUGUUCGUGGGCGACGCCCCAGUCCCACCCAGCCACAGCGUGUCGGCGCGUGAACAUGUGCGUGUCCAGGUGGGGCUGAGGCCCCGGCAGGCGCAGCUGCGCGUGGUGCUGCUGCAGUGCUGGGCCACGCCGGGCCACGACGCCCGGGACCCGAGAACCUUUGGCUUCAUCAACAACAGCUGCGCGGUCCCCAACACACACACGGAGCUGUUGGAGAACGGGGGCUCGGACAAGGCCCGCUUCCGCCUCAAGAUCUUCGCCUUCGUGGACAACCCGCUGGUCUUCCUGCACUGCAGCCUGCGUGUCUGCCUCGAUGCGCCCGGGACCUCCUGCAGGAUCGACUGCAAUGACAUGCGGGCACCCAGGAGCUGGGACGGCAGCGCCACCCACCAGGCUUCCUGGGGGCCUCUGGUUCGGGCAGAAGGAGAGACUUUGGCCCCCCAGGCAGGCCCUGGAUCCAGCUCCCUGGUCUUGGCAGUGGUGGCCGCCUUUGCCGCGGUGGUGGGGGUGGCUGUGACCCUCGCCCAGCACUGCCGCAGAGUGACGGGCAGGUACGACCUCAAAGCUCUGCCCACCAGCUUCAGCCAACCCUUUGGGGGUGGAGCUGAAGUUUUUCUGGGGUGCUGGGAAGCCUGGCCAAGAAGCAGCCUAGUGUCUGUAACACCCUGCAUCUCCCAACCUGGAUCUGGUUCUGUGGUGGACUAUGGCACACGCGGACGCAGCCGAGCUGAGCACAUUUCAAAGAAGAGAAACUGA